UGAGCUGGCUAAGUGGCCAAUCGCAAUCAUGUUACGUCAGAUGCUAUGCGGUUGCAAAAGCCGAAAAGCUUCAACUGACGAAGAAGAGGAGGCGAUUAGAUGAAGUAUGUCUUGAAAGGUUUCAGCAAUAUAGCCGGACAUUCAUUCAAUCAUGGAUCAUCCAAGGCAAAGUUUUUGUGGAUGGAAGAGUAGUAAACAAAGCUGGAACACCUGUAUCUGAUAAAUCAAUUGUAGAGAUAAAGGCUCAAGUUCCAAAAUACGUAUGUAGAGCAGGAUACAAGCUAGAGGCUGCUAUUGAACAAUUUGGUGUUGAUGUUGUUGGAAAAGUAGCACUUGAUUCAGGGUUGUCCACGGGUGGUUUUACUGAUUGUUUGCUUCAGCAGGGUGCAUCAUGUGUGUAUGGAGUUGAUGUUGGCUAUGGACAAGUGGCUGAUAAAAUUCGUCGAGAUGAACGUGUCUGCGUAAUCGAAAGGACAAAUUUAAGAUAUCUUCCUGGGCUACCACAACAAGUUGAUGUGGUGACUCUGGACCUAUCUUUCAUUUCUAUACUUCUGGUGAUGCCUGCUGUAGUCAAUGUUAUGAAGAUGGAGUCUACAUUGAUAACACUGGUUAAACCUCAGUUUGAGGCUCGUAGAUCACAGGUGGGAGGCGGUGGAAUUGUGAGAGAUCCUCUAGUACAUCAAGAAGUUCUUGAGAGGAUAAUUACGGGUGUUGAAGAUUUUGGAUUCUGCAGCAACGGUUGGAUAGAGUCUCCUAUAAAGGGUGCUGAAGGAAACACUGAAUUCCUGGCUUGCUUUCAGAGAAUAUCCAAGGAAAAAACAUGACCUAAAUAUGUUAAUAACUAAUUUUCUCUGUUGCAUCUGAAAGAUGACAAGUCAGCUACCUGUGAGAUGGCGAAAGCCCUCAAAGAAGAUCUGGGGAGGGUCCUCCUUAUCAGUCUCAAUGUUCUGCGAGUUCAACAUAUUCAACCAGAAUACACUGCAAUGUUACCAACUGUUGUGAUGAUAUGGCUUAUUUGUUUGCAACAAUGUUAAGAUAUGGAACAACUUUUGUAUUUUAACAACAUUAUUUAGAUCAUUCCAAUU